GCAGACAGAUCUCCAUACCAGACCACAGGGUGCUGUGAGAUCUGUGUGUCUCGCUGUGAGGGGCUUUCUAGAACUGCCACAGACUUUUUCUGUCUUCCUCCUCGUCUCCUGUCCUAUUGUGAAUCUAUGUAAAUCUCUUACUGUCGUUUUUUUAUUCUUUCAGUUUCUAAAAAAAAGAAAAAGAAAAAAAAUGUAUGCUUUAAACUUGGUUUGAGUCUGAAAUAUCGAGGACGGUCCAGGUGAAUAUGGUCAGCAUCAGUUUGCAGCACACUGAAGAGCCUCAGCACGCCUGGAAUUAAAUUGUUUAAACUGACCGGUGGAGGAGCUUUUGCGUGACAUAUUUUAAAGUUCCCCCCAAAAAUAGAUUUCUCCUUCCUCCUCCACAACCAGCGAGAUCUCACCUCCGAAGCCUGAGACCCCGUCGCCCUGAUGUCCUCGCUUGUAGCCCCGGAAAAGCUCCCCUCCGACACCAUGGGCCCCAAGGAGGUGGAGCUGACCCUGGUGAAGGAACAGAACGGGGUUCAGUUCACCUCGAGCGCCAUCGUGGCUCCGGCCCCGACUCAGAUUAACUCCAGCGGGGAGGAGGAGAGGGAGACCUGGGGGAAGAAAAUCGACUUCCUCCUGUCUGUGAUCGGAUUUGCCGUGGACCUCGCCAACGUCUGGAGAUUUCCCUACCUGUGCUAUAAAAAUGGAGGAGGUGCGUUCCUCGUGCCAUACCUGUUCUUCAUGGUGAUAGCAGGCAUGCCUCUCUUCUACAUGGAGCUGGCUCUGGGACAGUAUAACAGAGAGGGGGCAGCAGGAGUCUGGAAGAUCUGUCCCAUAUUUAAAGGUGUAGGAUUUACAGUGAUCCUCAUUUCCCUCUACGUCGGUUUCUACUAUAAUGUCAUCAUCUCCUGGGCGCUGUUCUACCUCUUCUCCUCGUUUACUAGCGAGCUGCCGUGGGUCCAUUGCAACAAUACUUGGAACAGUCCUAACUGCUCCGACUGGGCUGACAACAGCUCAAUCGGUGACAUUUACAAGGCAACCCCUGCUCAGGAGUACUUUGAACGAGGGGUGCUCCACAUUCAGGACAGUAAUGGAAUUGAUGAUCUGGGCCGACCACGUUGGCAGUUGACUUCCUGUCUAGCCGUGGUGAUUGUUCUGCUCUACUUUAGUCUCUGGAAGGGAGUCAAGACUUCUGGCAAGGUCGUGUGGAUCACGGCCACAAUGCCCUACGUGGUCCUGACUGUGCUUCUGCUCCGUGGAGUCACCCUGCCUGGAGCCAUUGAUGGCAUUAAGGCCUACCUCUCUGUGGACUUCCUCAAACUCUGUGACGCCAAGGUCUGGAUCGAGGCAGCAACACAGAUCUGUUUCUCUCUGGGAGUGGGGUUUGGUGUGCUAAUCGCCUUUUCCAGCUACAACAAAUUCAGCAACAACUGUUACAGAGACGCGAUCAUCACAAGCUCCAUCAACUCCUUAACCAGCUUCUUCUCCGGCUUCGUGGUCUUCUCCUUCCUUGGGUACAUGUCCCACAAGCACAAUGUCGCCCUGGACAAAGUUGCCAGAGACGGUGCUGGUUUGGUGUUUGUCAUUUACCCAGAAGCGAUUGCGACGUUGCCUGGAUCAUCCGUGUGGGCUGUUAUCUUCUUCAUCAUGCUGUUGACUCUUGGAAUUGACAGUGCUAUGGGCGGGAUGGAAUCGGUGAUCACGGGUCUAAUUGACGAGUUCAAAUGCCUCCACAAGCACAGAGAGCUGUUCACCCUCUUCAUUGUUGUCUCCACGUUUCUCAUAUCCCUCUUCUGUGUUACAAAUGGCGGGAUGUAUGUGUUCACUCUGCUGGAUCACUUUGCGGCAGGAACAUCGAUUCUCUUUGGAGUGCUUAUUGAAGCCAUCGGCAUCGCAUGGUUCUAUGGAGUGGACCGAUUCAGUGACGACAUUGAAGAAAUGAUCGGCCAGCGCCCCGGCUUGUACUGGAGGCUGUGCUGGAAGUUUGUCAGCCCGUGUUUCCUGCUGUUUAUGGUGGUGGUGAGCUUCGCCACGUUUAACCCCCCGAACUACGGCACCUAUUCCUUUCCUCCGUGGGCUAACAUGGUUGGAUGGUGUCUGGCCAUUUCCUCAAUGUCCAUGGUGCCUCUCUACGCCAUCUACAAACUCUGCAUUCUGCCUGGAAAGUUUUGCGAUAGACUGGCUUAUGCCAUCACCCCAGAGACGGAGCACCAUUUAGUAGACAACGGGGAGGUUCGGCAGUUUACACUACAACACUGGUUGGUGGUCUGAGAGAGAGAGAGAGAGAGAGAGAGAGAGAGAGAGAGAGAGAGAGAGAGAGAGAGAGAGAGAGAGAGAGAGAGAGAGAGAGAGAGAGAGAGAGAGACUGUACACUGGGUGGAUGAAAGAAUGAAUGCACAGCAAAGGUCUGAAGAAAAAUGAAGAGAACAGAAACUGCUAUUUCGAUGUAUCACAAUGGUGGUUGUGGGGGAGGGUGCAAUCGAAACGUGCAGACAAAAAAAUCCCCAUAGACAUUGUAGUGUGCUUUAACUUAGUUUUGAAGUGGUGGAACUGUGCAUUGAUCCUCUCCACCGUUGUGUUGGCGCUGGUGAAUGGGAUUCAGUUAAACGCGUAACAUGGUGUUCAGGCGGCUUCUUCUCAAAAACAGUAUAAAUAUUUUUCUUUUGGUCGUGCGUAUAGAUUUCCCACAGAUGGACUCAACAUCUGGAAUAGUUUAUUAGAUUACUUUUUGGAAAUAAAAUAGUUUUUAUUAGUCAGACAUGAACGCUACAGUCAUAGGUUUCACUGAAUCCCAGUCCAUGUCUUGUUUAUUCUAUUAUAUGUACUUGCUCUUACAAAAGACUGUUAUAGUAAAUAUAAUUGUGACAGACCUAAGAAGAAAACGCCUACUUUUGUUUACAUCAAAAGACAUCGUCUGAGUUACCUACAACUACUAUGACACAACACUACCUGGGCUUUUUCACAUCUCGUCUUAACGAAAAAUGACUUAUUAGUUACAAGGUAAUAGUAUUAGGAUGUUUAAAAAGAAAAGUAAUUUUCUCUUACGGUGUUCCUGCUAUGGCUCACGCCGGAUAAACCAACUAAAAGCACAAGCUGACCAGCAAAGCAGUUGGGAAGUAUUACCAAGUGUUGACUUAUUUUCCUUCCAUCCCAUUGGCGGAUAUAUAUUCUAAAUAUCCUGAAUUGGUUCUAAAAAAACAAGGUUCAUUAAGUGAACGAGCAACUUCAAAAAAAGGAUUACUGACACGAUGAUAAAAACAUCCUCAGCUGCACUGCUGAUUUAGUCAACCAAAGACUAAAACGAUGUCAAUUCAAUAGACCCCUUGAUUGUUAUACCAGGUUCACCGGCAUCAUUUGUAAGUUGGUGCCAAUGCACUUUUCAUUUUAGUUAAUUUAACCUUAAUUGUGUAUUAUUAUACCCACAUAGUUUAGGGUGGUGAUUAACAAACGUCACAAAUCCAGAAAGCGUAAUGCUUUAAAUAUACCGUUUACAAUACAGUUUAAGGCUCCUUUUUAUUGAAUUGCCAAUUAAUAGUGGGUAGUGUAAAUAUAUAGUCAUGUAAGUGAUAUAUCUGUGUAAGUAAAUGUAAUGUAGAGGGGCUUGUAUCGUAUUGUUGUGUAUAACAUAGAAUAAUGAGACCAUGCACAUAUACACAUAAACCCGUAUAUAUUGUGUAUACUUGUGAUACAUGUAA